AAAAAAAAACAAAACAGUCAGAACAUCCCGCAUAGCUCGUUUGGCACGUUUUGAUGCCGCUGCUUCUGCUCCCAGCGCUCCCGCACGUUACCUCGGACACUUCCAAAUUUGUAGAAAAUUCACUUUCGCUGUAGACCGGCGAUAUUUCAUAAUAGCUGUGCCAAACGCGAGUGCUUUCUAUAAAAAGACUGCGCAGUAGUGUUAACAUUUUUUCAACGCCAGACUUUUCUCAAUCCGGAAUCAACGAGUGACAACCUCCGGAACAAUGCAGCACCAGUGCGAGACGGAAGGCUGUAAAAACACGGCCACACUGCAGUGCCCGGUUUGCCUAAAGAUGGGCAUCCAGGGCUCGUUCUUUUGUGGUCAGGAUUGCUUCAAAAGUUCCUGGAAGGCACACAAAGUGAUUCAUCUGUUGGCGAAGGGCAAGGAGGACAAGAAUGCGUACAACCCGUGGCCUUAUUAUACGUUUACCGGUAAAUUGCGUCCCUUUCCACAAUCGGAGAAACGUCCGGUCCCGGAGAAGAUUCCCCGUCCGGAUUAUGCCGACCAUAAAGAGGGCCGUUCAAAGUCGGAGGAAUCGUUGAGAGGAAACACCACGAUCAAGAUUUUGGAUGACGAAGAAAAGGAGGGCAUGCGUGUGGCUUGUCGGUUGGGCCGUGAAGUGUUGGACGAGGCAGCACGCGUCUGCGACGUGGGUGUGACUACCGACGAGAUCGAUCGGAUUGUUCACGAGGCUUGCAUCGAGCGGGAGUGCUAUCCGAGUCCACUGAAUUACUACAACUUCCCGAAGUCGUGCUGCACGUCGGUUAACGAAGUCAUCUGCCACGGUAUCCCGGAUAUGCGUCCGCUGGAAGAUGGGGACAUUUGCAACGUGGAUGUGACUGUGUACCAUCGGGAGUUCCAUGGCGAUUUGAACGAAACAUUCUUCGUGGGCAACGUCAAGGAGCAACACAAAAAGUUGGUUCAGGUCACCCACGAGGCGCUGAUGAAGGCGAUUGCCAUUGUGAAACCCGGCGAACGUUACCGCGAGAUUGGAAAUGUUAUUCAAAAGCACGUCCACGCUCAUGGAUUUAGCGUGGUGAAGAGCUACUGCGGACAUGGCAUCCAUAGACUGUUCCACACUGCCCCCAAUGUUCCUCAUUAUGCUAAAAACAACGCAGUAGGGGUUAUGAAACCCGGCCAUUGCUUCACCAUCGAACCGAUGAUUUCGGAAGGAUCGUGGCGCGAUGUAUCAUGGCCAGAUGACUGGACCGCCGUUACCGCAGACGGUCUAUUUUCGGCACAGUUCGAACAAACCCUGCUGGUUACCGAAACCGGCUGCGACAUCCUGACCCAGCGGAGAAGUGCCAACGGACAGCCUCAUUUCAUGGACAAGCUUUAACGAGUGGCAGCCCUACAGCAGUGCACGUCAUCGUUGUUAGUCAUCAGAAUACUGUGCUUUCUUUUAGUCCUACCAAGAAGCAAUAGGAAUUGUCCCUCAUUUUGCAACUACGAAGCUUUCCCACUAGGUUUGCAACUUUUUGUAUUAUACAGAAAAAUGAUUAUUAAAACUAACAUACCUGAACCAUAAC